GGAAGAGGAUGACCGACAACAACCGGAUGGUGUGCAGCACGAUCACACCAGAUCGUACACUCCAGACCAUGGUAGCCCACCUCGAGCGCCCGUGACAUCCAUGGACGACUACAGCAGACCGUCGGAUCAAACUGCAAACCGUUCCCCGAAACCCGACGCUGCUCUCCGCGGACAUGCCAACCCUUUGGAACUUUCUGCUGCGCCGGUAGCUGGAUCAGAUCUUACGCGCAUCGUACGUGAAGCUAGUUUACCAAAAGGUGAGCUGCUGCCAAAGAGAGCGUGUUAUGCCAAUAGUGGCGACUGGCACUUUUUUUUUUCUACAUGCAACAUGGGUCAUCCUUGUUCAUAGUGCCAGCAUGUGCUGAUGCAAAGCGGCCUACAUAGAUAUUAUGGACAAGUUUAUUUGUCUAGUUCCAACCAAUCCUCUUUUUGUAGACUCGUCAACAAUCCCAACCACAAACGGUAUUUCCACAUCACAUCCUCGUCCCCAGUCACCGGAACUCAGCAUCGAGACUCGAGUGCCACGUAAUCCUCACGACGUUGUUUCUCCCACAUCCGUUUCAUCAGCGUCGUCGCUGUCUUCCUUGUCGCAUCAGGCGCAUCAUGCUCCGCAAUCAGAUAUUACCUCGGGCGGUUCUGCAUCCGCCUCAUUUUACCCAUCCAGGUGGCAACCUUAUCCAUCCAACUCUAACUCUAAUACUACAGCAUCCGCUAGACCUUCAAGUAAUGAGGCCCCGCCUACGGGCGGCGAUUCUGUCUCAGCCGAUGAGGCCGCGCAGUACCCGAAACGAAAAGUUUCCGAGAAACGUGCGCAACAGAAUCGUGCCGCCCAGCGUGCUUUCAGACAACGUAAAGAACAAUACCUUAGAGAUCUUGAAACCCGCGCUCAGUCGUGGGAAGAUCGAGCCAAGUAUCUAGAACCUUUUGAAAAACGCUGCCGUGAUUUCCAAGACGCUUUAGAGAGGGCUGCUUUUGAGAGAGAUGGUUUGCUGAGGGAAAGAGACUAUUGGUAUCAUCAAUGCGAAGAGCUACGGCAUAGCGUCUACAAAAUGGGAGCGGAAUUGGAUCUGUUGAAGGGCGAAUCAGGCCGACCUCCGCCUUCGUUACCUGUCGGAGGUGAAAUGAAUACACCUGUGAUCGGAGGAAACCCUGGUGCACCAUCUGCUGCCCUGCAAAGAACUCCUCAACAAUCUGGUUUAAAUCGUGAUCCUCCGUUGCCCGUCGCUCGUCCUGCGUCUCCAAUUCCUCCGAUGCGAUAUCCACCUUCCGCUCCGGUGGAAUACUCACCACAGCAAGAAUAUUCAUAUCGCUCACAGCAGUCGGCCAAUCCCAGCCUUCACUCUUCCUCACGUACCUCAACGUUUUCAGGACAACCACCUUAUCCUCCUCCACGCCUGAAAUCACCCGAGGCACGGCGAUCCCGGAGUGAUCCAGUGUAUACGCAUCAUCCAUCAGCGGAACUUGGGAACAACAGCUACUCAAGUGCGUUUCGUCCGUAUGGGGCCUCGCGACCUCCGACGUCCUUUCAACGGCCACCCGGUUCCCCACCGAGUCCCCGCAUGAGCUCUUCGGCUGUGAUAGGCUCACCACCGAGAGCCUUCAGCGGGCGGACGCCAGAUCUUGGCCGACCCGGCCACUCUCAUCAGCAACAUCCUCAUCCAUACAAUACGUAUUUUUAUCAAGAGCAAAGACAUCCUCCGCCCCCGCCAGUGACAACAUCUGCGGCGCCUUCGUAUUAUCCCGGACCAAGACAUGAUUCUGGGUCCUAUGGACAUCCGUUAGGUCCACCUGUUGGAAACUUGACACUUCCUGGGGCGAGAGAUAUAGAGCGGGGAGGUCUACGUGCGCUUAGCACUCGUUACUCGUCAUCGACUUCACCUCCGUUGCAGCGGGUGCGAGAAGGGAACUGAUACGAGCAACAUGACUCUCUACCAGAAAAGAGAAAAUGUUAAUUUGUGAUAAGACUAGAUGGGCUCCACAAAACCUUUUGUUUUUUUUUUUUUUUUGCAAUCCCGAUGUGCCACCUGCUUGCUCAGGGUGUCCUCUUCGCCUCGCCAGCUGGCAUGGCUUGGAAAGACGUGGUGAAAAGAUAUACCCUUUUUUGUCUACUUGAGUAUGUAAGAUUGGCGUGAGCGAGAGGGAAGGCGCCUGAGGGAUCUCUUUGGACAUGAUGAGCAGUUGUCGUGUGUUUCUUUCUAUAAACCGCUUUCGCUUUUUCUUUUGUUUUUUGUUCGUUGGAUGGCCUGACUCCACACUUUUAAGGGGGGGAAAUGCAAAAAGAGAGAGAAUAGAAGCGACCAGUCUUUUUUAUAAAGC